GUGUGCGCGUGCACGGCGGGCGCAAAGGUGAAUGCGUGAGAGGUGAAUGUCUCUUUCACACCAAGCGCUCGCAAACUAGUCUGUGACGAAGGGGAGGGCUACGUCACGCAGAGACAGAGCCAAUCAGACAUUAGCUGUUUGGAUUUAUGCCAGGGUCUUUUGGCUUGUAAGACUUUAGUGCAAGUGGCAAAGGCUGGGAUUUUUUUUCAAAAAAAUAAAAAAGUCAGCUGUGAAGAGAUGCCCUACACUCCGUCUGGCUUUUUCUGCGACCGGCUGAUCCGGGAACGAGAAAGGAGGGACGGGGAAGGGUCUUUGAGCAAGCCGCUCCGCUUCAACGGCCAGGACUUCUGCAGCCUGAGACAGGAGUCCGUUCAGAGGAAGAACCUGUUCGAGGAUGAGACUUUCCCGGCCAGCGUGGAGUCGCUGGGCUUCAAAGAGCUCGGACACAAGUCCAACAAGGUCAAGAACAUCGUCUGGAAGAGGCCCAAGGAAAUCUCUGAUAACCCCGAGUUCAUUGUUGGCGGAGCCAGUAGGACGGACAUCUGUCAGGGAGACCUGGGUGACUGCUGGCUGCUGGCUGCUAUCGCCUGCCUCACUCUGAACGAGAAACUUCUGUACCGAGUGGUUCCCCAGGAGCAAAGCUUCUCCGAGGGCUAUGCCGGCAUCUUCCACUUCCAGUUCUGGCGCUAUGGUGACUGGGUGGACGUGGUCAUCGACGACCGCAUCCCCACUUUCAACAACCAGCUGGUCUUCACCAAGUCAGCGGAGAGAAAUGAGUUCUGGAGCGCCCUGCUGGAGAAGGCUUAUGCCAAGCUGCACGGCUCUUACGAGGCCCUGAAGGGAGGAAACACCACCGAGGCCAUGGAGGACUUCACCGGCGGCGUCACCGAGUUUUAUGAGAUGAAAGAAGCUCCCAAAGAGCUGUUCAAGAUCAUGAAAAAAGCUCUGGAAAGAGGCUCGCUCAUGGGCUGCUCCAUCGAUUCUCUGGUUCCUGCUCGCUUUGAAACUCGCACGGUGACGGGACUUGUGAAGGGUCACGCCUACUCUGUGACCGCGGUGGAAGAGUGCAAACCGUCGCACCACAAGGAAUCCAAGGUUCGUCUGGUGCGUCUCAGGAACCCGUGGGGUCAGGUGGAGUGGAACGGCCCCUGGAGUGACAACUCGAAGGAGUGGGUCUCACUCUCCAAGUCUGAAAAGGAGAAAUUGCAACACCAAAACGCGGAAGACGGAGAGUUCUGGAUGUCAUUCGAGGACUUCAAGAAGAACUACACCAAGAUUGAGAUCUGCAACCUCACGCCUGAUGCUCUGGAGGACGAUAAGAUCCACAAGUGGACGGUUUCUGUAAAUGAAGGCCGCUGGGUGAGAGGCUGCUCCGCCGGAGGCUGCAGGAACUACCCAGACACCUUCUGGACCAACCCUCAGUACCGCCUUCGUCUGAUGGAGGAGGACGACGACGCCGAUGAAAACGAGGUGGGCUGCACCUUCGUGGUGGCGCUGAUGCAGAAGAACAGACGGAAAGAACGCAAGAUGGGAGCCAACCUGUUCACCAUCGGAUUCGCCAUUUAUGAGGUGCCAAAGGAGAUGCAUGGAAACAAGCAGCACAUGCAGAAGGACUUCUUCCUGUUCAGCUCAUCCAAGGCGCGCUGCAAGUCCUACAUCAACCUGCGCGAGGUGACCCAGCGCUUCCGCCUGUCCCCCGGCGAGUACGUCAUCAUUCCCUCCACCUACGAGCCGCACCAGGAGGGCGAGUUCAUCCUGCGAGUGUUCUCUGAAAACAGGAACACAUCAGAGGAGAUAGAGAACAGGAUCGAGGCGGACCACCCAGUGCCGGCGCCAGCGUCGGCGGGGGAAGAGAGUGAGGAGGACCAGCAGUUCCGUACUAUUUUUCAGGAGAUAGCCGGUGAUGACAUGGAGAUCACAGCCAACGAGUUGAAAAACGUCCUCAACAGAGUAAUCAGCAAACAUAAGGACCUGAACACGGAGGGCUUCAGCCUGGAGAGCUGCAGGAGCAUGAUUGCUCUGAUGGACAUGGACGGGACAGGUAGACUCAACCUGCAGGAGUUCAGGCAUCUGUGGAACAAGAUCAAGCAGUGGCAGGGAAUCUUUAAACACUACAACGCCGACCAGUCCGGUAGCAUCAACAGUUAUGAAAUGAGGAAUGCUGUCAACGAUGCAGGCUUCCGACUCAACAACCAGCUCUACGACAUCAUCACCAUGCGUUACGCCAACGAGAGCAUGAACAUCGACUUCGACAGCUUCGUCAGCUGUCUGGUUCGGCUCGAAGCCAUGUUCAGGGCGUUCCAGGCCUUCGAUCAGGAUGGAGAUGGAACCAUCAGACUCAGUGUCCUGGAGUGGCUCCAGUUGACCAUGUACGCCUAGAGAGGCCCAUCUUCUCCCAGGUGAGCUCCACUCCACACGAGGACCAGACCUGCCAGCCUUUACCUCAAUAUUCAGAGUGCCCGAUCGAUCGCUGUUCGCCUUCCCCACUUCAGUCCCAGCAGCUCUGCGCCGCUUUCUCUUUUCUGUUUCUGUUAACAGAAGUUCUCGGGCCUUCUGCGUUUCCCUCUCUGCCUUUGUCUUUUUUUUUUGUUUAAAAGAAAAAGGACAUCCUCACCACUGUACCAUAUUUUUUCUCAGGCAGCAACACACACAACCUCUUUUUCUCCCUCCCGUCACCGUGCCUCACAGAGCCUCUCUCUUUAGUUUUACUUCAGAUCUCUCCAUCCCGUCUCCUUCGACCUCUGCUUCUGCUGUUACGCCGAGCAGCGAGGCGUUUCCCCCCUGCGAUCAUCCAGGUGACCAGGGCUCUCUGGUGGACAGUUAAUAAAACCGUUAUACAACUCAAACCCCUCUUAACAUCUUUCAUAUUACAUUUUGUUUUGGUAGAUCUUAGACCGGGUAGAAAAUAAAAGUCUUCAGUUCUCAAAAGCAGUUGGACUUCCUUUUUCUAGGUCCUCAAGUCAAGACAAGUUCCACCUGAAGGCAUCA